AUGCCGCCAAAGCGACCGCCACCGCUAGUGCCGAAGAAGCCCAAUCCCAGCAUGAAUUACGAAGUGUUAAUCUACUUGAACUCCUUUUACUUUGGGAUGUUCGCCUGCUGCGAGAUGGCGAUGGGUUUGCUGAAGGCUAUCAAUCUGAGCUAUACGGGGCAUACCCUGGCCAUGGAUUCGGCAGUGAUGGUUUCAUUUAUUGUAAUGGAGUCAAUACGCCUGAUACUGGGACGCAAGAGUUCGUUGGCCGAUCGAGGUUGGUCAGCCAUAUUGUCGGUGUUUAUGACUGCUCCCUGCUUCCUCGGUGUCUCCUAUCUGCUGCUGCUACAAACCUACCGACUGCGCCUGGAGUACUGCCUCUGUACGCUGCAGAUAGCCCUCUAUUUCACCGAAGUGUGGUAUGCCAUCGUCUUCGUUUUCUCACUGUGUCGUCCAGUAACUUAUGAUUAGUAAGAACAACAAACAGCAAACCGAACAAAAACAUUUAUACAUUUAGUACUUACAAACAAGCGGAAAGUUUAGCAAUAUACAAACAAAACAAAAUAAUGAUAAUGAUUGAUAGAUCGAUGAAGAGAAAUUGCAGUAGGCACUCGAGACUUGCUCAUAUGCCCCGAAAAAACAAAAAAUUAAGUACGCAGAAACUUAGAUGAAAGGAAAUGAGAGAAACAACCCAUAAACAAAAUAGAAAACUUGUGUAGUUUAUAUGAUAUAUAAUUAUACUUAUGAUAAGAUUUAUGAUAGAGAGCGCAUACACACACACGGUUUUAUAUACAAGAAUUGUUAACAUUUAAGCAUCAAUUGGAACCAAAAGAGAGACAACAAGAAAGCUUCAAUAACUUUGAUGUAAAACUUGAAAAAUAAUUUUCACAAUUUUUAAGAAGACAAUUUUUUUUGUAUAAAACAAAAGAAAAAAUAUAAGAAAAAACCAUCAAUUGUAUGUGUGGUAAAAUAAUCGAAAAUAAUAGUUGAAUAAUAGCUCGAAUCUUUACACAAACUCUAGUCACAAAAAAAUCAUGUAAAUUACUCUUGAAAUUCAAAAAUCAUUAAAAAAAUGGCAACAGAAGAACUGUUGAUUAAACAAUAAGAGAAACCCAAAAAGAAAACUUAGCAAACCCACAGGAAAAGUCUAGACGAUGUGUGUGUACUUUAAUGAACAAAUACUUUAUAUAAAAACUAGCAUAUAGCAAACAACAAAAAGAAAAUAAUAGAAAAGAAAAGGGAAAGCUUAAACU